AUUCGUUGCUUACGAUCUCUCUCCAAUGAGAAUCCACUAAUCCAGCGUUACAAAGGCCUUCGCAUAUUUAAUUGCCCCCUUCCUAUUUGAACUUCAGUCCAACAGAAACCUUCAAUUGAACGAAUCCACGGAGGGAAAAGCUUUACUAUUUGGAACUCGCUUCUGCAGUUGGUUAUGGCGCUCAAUCUCCGCCAGAAACAAACAGAAUGUGUAAUACGAAUGUUGAAUCUGAAUCAACCUGUGAACUCAACUGGGACUGCCAAUGAAGAGGUUUACAAGAUUCUGAUUUAUGAUAAGUUUUGCCAAAAUAUUUUGUCCCCAUUGAUCCAUGUUAAGGAUUUGCGCAAACAUGGUGUUACGCUUUACUUUCUAAUUGACAAGGACCGGAAGCCUGUUCAUGAUGUCCCAGCAGUGUAUUUUAUUCAGCCUACUCAAUCCAAUAUCCAGAGAGUGAUAGCUGAUGCUUCACGGUCACUUUAUGAUAGCUUCCACCUGAACUUUUCUUCAUCCAUUCCUAGGCCGCUUUUAGAAGAUCUUGCAUCUGGGACCUUGAAUUUAGAUUCAAUUGAUAAGAUUUCAAAGGUCCAUGAUCAGUACUUGGAGUUUGUUACAUUAGAGGAUAAUUUGUUCUCGUUGGCACAGGAGUUUUGUUAUGAGCAACUGAAUGAUCCAUCAGCUGGGGAUAGAGAGAUUGAGGAGAUUAUUGAAAGGAUAGUCAGUGGAUUAUUUUGUGUUUUGGCUACGCUUGCAGUGGUGCCAAUUAUAAGGUGCCCACAUGGUGGGCCUGCUGAGAUGGUCGCUUCAGCAUUGGAUCAGAAGCUAAGGGAUCAUUUGUUGUCAAAGAACAAUUUAUUUUCUGAAGGUGGAAAUUUUGUUGGCUCAUUUCAACGUCCAAUUUUGUGUAUCUUUGAUCGGAAUUUUGAGUUAUCUGUGGGUAUACAACAUGAUUUUAGAUACCGCCCUCUUGUGCAUGAUGUUCUUGGCUUAAAGCUUAAUAGGUUGAGCGUGCAAGGGGAGAAAGGUGGGAUGAAGUCAUAUGAACUGGAUAGCUCAGACCUAUUUUGGGCAACAAAUGGAUCAUUGGAAUUUCCUGAAGUUGCUGUGGAGAUCGAAACUCAACUGAAUAAGUACAAGAAGGAUGUCGAUGAGGUUAAUAGAAGGACCGGUGGUACUGGUGGAGCAGAGUUUGAUGGGACGGAUUUAAUUGGGAACACAAAGCACCUGAUGAAUGCGGUUAACUCCCUGCCUGAGUUGACAGAGCGGAAGCACGUAAUUGAUAAGCACACAAACAUAGCAACUGUGUUGUUGGGUGAGAUCAAGGAGAGAUCUCUUGAUUCCUAUGCAAAGAAAGAGAAUGACAUGUUGAUCAGGGGAGGUAUAGAUCGGAAUGAAUUAUUGGGUGUACUUAAAGGAAAAGGUAACAAGAUGGAUAAGUUGCGGUUUGCGAUAAUAUACCUUAUUUCUUCAGAAAACAUUAAUCCAUCUGAAGUAGAGGCAGUGGAAGCAGCUCUUAGAGAGUCUGAGGUAGAUACUAGUGCAUUUCAGUAUGUGAAGAAGAUCAAGUCACUGAAUGUUUCAUUGGCAUCAGCAAAUUCUGCAAGUAGAAGUAACAUUGUUGAUUGGGCUGAGAAACUCUAUGGGCAGUCAAUCAGUGCGGUCACUGCAGGUGUUAAGAACCUCUUGGCUAGUGAUAGACAGCUGGCAUUGACAAGGACAGUGGAAGCUUUGAUGGAGGGGAAGCCAAACCCUGAAAUUGAUUCUUAUCUUGUAUUUGAUCCUCGUGCCCCUAAGUCAAGCUCUGGAACUAGUAGCAGUCAUCUAAAAGGACCAUUUAAAGAAGCUAUUGUUUUCAUGAUUGGUGGUGGUAAUUAUAUGGAGUAUGGUAGCUUGCAAGAGCUUGUACAGCAUCAGCAGCCAGUCAAGCAUGUUAUAUAUGGUACAACAGAAAUUUUAACCGGAUCCGAGUUUGUUAAGCAGCUUGCAUCACUGGGGCAUAAGAUGGGUUUGAACAAUAAUAUUGCCACUUCAUCAAUCCAUUAAACGAUAGCCCUUUAUAUACAAUAUCAAGAAAUUGUUAUUUGCUGGUUGCUGUAUCAAGGAUGCAUGGCAGGAAUUGAGACUGUUAUUGAUCCAAUAUAGAUUUGAAGCCGGUUUUCAGAAAAUUGAUGCUACUAUUUGGCCCAUGCCGUGGAUUCUUGAUAGUUAGUCUCCUUACUGGCUGUUCAUGUAGAACAAUAGAUUUUCGACUUUUAGAAGAAUUCUUUUUUGUUUGUUUCAUUAUAGCUAGUUGAUAUCUGACAGAAGAUAGGCCCUUAUCCCAACUCAAGUAAGCUUCUGCCAUUUGAUUAGUGUUUUUUUUUUUUUUUUCUAACUUUUCUGCAUUGCAAGCUUUACUAUAUAUGGAGUCCACCUCCCCCCAGCAAUUUCAUUUGACCUGAGAUAUGAAUAUUGUUCAGAUGCAAUUUAUGCUUUGUAACUUGUAUUUGCAAAUGUUGCUUGAAACAUGUCAAAAAAAUAUAGAACAAAUAAUUGAACUUUUC